GAGGGAUGCAGUGAGAGGAGGGGAUCAGGUGGGCUCCCCGGCGGUGCCGCCGACAAGCUGAGCGGUGGGAUCCGGCUGCGCAGCCCAGCCCCAGCCUCUGCCGGCUUUGAGGCUGCUCGUAGGGUUUUGCUGGUUGCGAGGGAGAUGCUCUGAGCUUCUCUCCCUUUGCUGCUGCUGCUGCUGCUGCUGCUCGGAGAGAGGUGGGGAGGGGAGGGGUGUCCAAGUGUGACUUUCACCCCGCGCAGGGGGUUGUCUCUGAAAGAAGACCGCUCUGCUCUCUCCCCAGAGCCUCUCCGGCCACGCUGUCAGCACAGACCCACCGGCAGAGAGGACAGGUCAAAGGCAUGCCAGCCAGCUUUUCCAUGAUGCCUGUCCACUAACAUCAGCCAUGACCUGGAAGGACAGGGACAAGAGGUAGUUUGGUCUUCUUAGCGAGGUCAGCCUGGAGCUCUGCCUGUUGAGGAGAGACCUUCAGAGGAGUUGAAUGAUGAGUACCAUAAUGCCAACUCCUGCUGCUCUGUGGUGAGCUGUGACGCCAAACUCAAAUCACUUUAGACCUGAAGCUGGACUUAACCCGCGGUCCUGGUCUUAGAAGGAAAUGCUGUCUCUCCUUUAUGAUCAUCCCUCAACUCUGAACGUCUUCCAUUGAAAAGUCGACCAUCUGCGCUAGGAGGCAAGGAUCAAAUGGGUUGAGAACAACUGGCCCUCCUUUUUUUUUUGCAGAGGAUUCUUUGAUAUAUUUUUAAGUGCCAGGACAUGAAACAGUAAAUCCCUCCUUUCCGCUCUCCUGUCUCCUGCAAACAGUCCCGACUGCUGUCCGAGCCAGCCAGUUAAAGGGUUAACUCUAACUGGAUGCCUGAAUGGCUGCCUUACUGAUCCCACGGAGGAACAGAGGGAUGAGGACUCGCCUGGGCUGCCUGUCUCACAAAUCAGACUCAUAUAAUGAUUUCACAGCUAUUCUUCCGGACAAGCCCAACCGGGCUUUGAAAAGACUGUCAACAGAAGAAGCAACAAGAUGGGCAGACUCUUUUGAUGUCCUUUUGUCCCAUAAAUAUGGGCUGGCUGCUUUCCGUGCUUUCCUGAAGACAGAAUUCAGUGAGGAAAAUCUGGAGUUUUGGCUCGCCUGCGAGGACUUCAAGAAGACCCGCUCGGCAGCCAAGCUGGCCUCCAAGGCUCAGCGGAUCUUUGAGGAGUUCAUUGAUGUCCAGGCUCCUCGAGAGGUGAACAUAGACUUCCAGACACGGGAGCUGACAAGAAGAAAUAUGCAGGAGCCCUCUCUCACUUGCUUUGACCAAGCUCAGGGGAAGGUGCAUAGCCUGAUGGAGAAAGACUCUUACCCCAGGUUCCUGAGAUCCAAAAUUUACACAGACCUGCUGUCUCAAACCCAGAGGAGGCUCAGCUAGAGCAGUGAUGGGGCCUCAGAAACCACGUGCUUCCCACAACAGCCAAAACCCAUGUCUAAAUGUGAAACUUUCUUGGUGUUAAAAGCAGUGGGAAUGAGAAAAGAGGGAGAAGGAGAAGAGAAGGCUUCCAGAGCAUAAUCCAGAUGUGGUAUUAGAACUCUGAGUUUCUGUGCUUGUUUUGGUUAGCGGUAGCAUCUUGCAGUUGUUGCCUCUCUCUAGCACAAAUCCAUAAUUCUCUCUAGUCAUGGAAUCAUCUGUUGGGAAGGCAGGUUUCCUUUAAAAUCACUAUGUUGGUUUGUGUGUAAAUAAUGCCACUGAACCUUUCCAUCCUUCCAGACAUCUCCCUGGCUCUCACCUCUCCCCUGUGCUUGGAGGGGCCCUGAGGGCAGUUCUGAAACUUGUGAAGCCAAGUCUAGUCCAAAGCAUCAUCUCCCACGCUGGCUGCCGGGGUCUGGAUCCAGAGACCAUGAGGAGGGAGAGAGGGAAGGGAGAGAGAAGGCAGAGGUACAUGAUUCAUGCUGCUUCCCAGAGAGGAAACCAUCAGUGAACUUAGCUCACCUUUCCAUUUUGGUUGCACACCUGAUGACACCAGCUGCUACCCUGUCACAGCCCCUCCACACCUCUGAUGUGCUUAUCUUCCAGAGAUGGAGACUGUUAUUUUCUGUAUGACCGUCAGGCAGCUGAGUUUUUCUCAUGAGGAAGGUAAUGCCAGAAACUCUUGCUAGACCUAGGCAGACAAGUCUUCUAGUGUGAAUGAUUGUUUUUCAUUAAUAUUAUUUAUUUGUACUGUAGUUCAGCCUUAUGACCCCAGUCAUCGUUCAAGCUUCAUUGUGCCAGGCACCCUACCAAAGCCUAACACAAAGAGGCUCCUGGCCACCAGAGACAUUAACAGGCUUGGUGGCUUCUCAGAAAUGACCUGCCAGCUGUCGGGAAGGAGUCAAGAGAAGGAAUGUCCCAUCUGCCCCGUGCUGUGAUGUAAGAAGAGCACAAGACCUGUCUGCUAUGGCAGAUAGCAUUUUUCAUUUCACCUGACCAGCACAUGGCAGAGGAAGGUAACAUGAAAAAUCACGAUUAUAUUUUUGUUAUUUACUGAUUAUUGACUGUUGUUGUUACCUACCGAUUGUCUACUGUGGGUUCAGUGCCAUGUAAAGAACUGCUAAGGACACAGACCCUGCUGCAUGGUGCUUGCUUAAAAACAGGACAGAGGGAAGCAUGCAGUGGAGCGGGUGUCAAGUGGUGUGUGAAGGGUACUUUGGCCCUAUUCCCAUAGCCUGGAUAGCCAGCUGCAGGAGAAGACUCUGCAAACGUCAGUUGUGUAGCACCUCCUCUGUGCUGUGCACUAAUGCUCACCACAUGAAGGCCCCAUUUCUGUGGCAUGGCUGUUCCAGCUUAUCGGCUGCCAGAUUCUUGCAAUAUUUUCUAGUGCAGAAGCAGACAGCCUGUCUGUGGAUUUGAGCCUACAGACCAGAGGUCUAUUUUCUUAGCUUUAUGAAGGCCCAGAAAGCGACCUCAUGGAUCUUUUCCUUCUCUCAAUCGCCCACGGAUCAGAGGCUAUAAACCUCUGCUCUAGUUGAGGGUGGAGGGGAACUUUGAUACAUCAGAAAGGUGGUGAUAAAGGUUUUGUGUAGUGUGGCGUGGACUAGGUAGAGUGAAUUCUAAAGCUAAGCAGGACGUGUUUGGAAUGAGAUACAAAAAGCCUGCUCAGAUAUUAAAAUUUACAUGCAUUAGGUAGGAAGCAGGUUUUGAGGGUUUUUGUAAGGAUGCUGUACAGAACAUUAGGACAAUUAGGUUUAGGAUCAAGACGGGGAUGGUAAGCAUGUUUGUUUUAUUUUGAAGGUGUAUUCCUGUGAUGUCUAAGACACUAAAGUCUAAAUAUGGUGCAAUUGCAUAAUUUAUUAUGUUCAGUAGGGAAGCCUAUUUUUCAGUACCUGGUUCGUCAGCUCUAGCAUUCUCCAGUUGUUUUGUAGAAAAAGAUCAGUGAAAGGUGGGCACUAGAAAGUGCCCUAGAAUCAUCCAAGGGGUCUACAUCACGCAGUGGGCCAACCGACCAUGAGUGUAGCUGUUCAUGGGUCCAUAGCUUUAUGGCAAACAGGGUACCUGGCAAAGAAGGUCUAGCAGGACAGGUGUCUGGGGAAACUUGUGCAAUGCUCUGCAAGGAGUCAUAGACAGAAGCAGAGGAUAUAGAGCCAUACAUCCAGUGGCUGUCCCUGGUGGUGGCUGGAACAUUACCUAUACAGCUCCUUCCUGCUGUAGUUGAAAGGGAAGGAGGAAGGCAAAUCACCCCACGAUGCAGUGAAACCCUCUCAAUCUUGACCUGCAAGGGAGGAUGCAAAGGCACUGGCUGUGAGGAGGGACUGGAAGAACUGUCCUUUCCAAGAAACACUGUGUCUACUACAUCUGCAUAACGCAGGAUGGACUGGGAUCUCUCAGGGACACGGGUUGCUUCGGCUGAAGUAGUUCCCUUUGAGAUGGCCUGUGGUGCCAAUUGUACCCAGUGUCACUGCGACUCCAAAAUGGCACAGCCACUGGUGAUCCAACCACUGCAACGUGGCAGCUCAACUUCCCAAUGCUGUGGGGAUGAAGGGAGGCCACCUUGUCUGGCCCUGCCUCCCUCCAUUUCAGCCUCCUCUUGACUAUACAUGCCAAAAACAUCCCAGUGCUGCCCUGGAUGUGAGAGAGCACCAGCAGGCUUAUGCAGUCAUCCCUCUUAAAGAGAAGGCAGAAGGCCAUGUUAUCUGCCUUGUGGUAUUUCUCUUAAAACCACCAAUACACCUUCUGAGUGGGCUUGGAUGAUGCUGACCUCUGGUGCCAGCUGAUGCAUCCCAGAAGAGGCUCUUCAGCAAAACGUCCUGCAGGUACCCGAGAAGGUCCCAGGGACCACCAGGCCACGAGGAAACAGCAGAACAAGAUGUUUUUGUCGAGGAAUGAGGAACAGAAAUUCAGAAGAAAAGACAAUUCCCAUGCUUCCCUCAUGGCUACAAAGGCAGGUCCUGUUCAGAGUGUGACUCCAGAAAGCCCAGGAGGUGUAACGUCUCUCGGCAAGCUCCUUCAGCAUGAGCGCUGGCACCCUUUCAGUUUGUGUCAGAAUUCAUUGAAAAACUUCAAAGUAGUCAACAUCGUGUAAAAACAAGCUCCCUUCUCUCCUUCAUCCACCUGGGGAAUUGCUUUGCGCCGGCAGACUCGGAG